CCCAGCUUGCCUGGCUGGGGCCCUGGGACCACCAGUAUGGCAAGGAGCCAGCCCCAUCCUUCCUCUGAGGGUACAACCAGUCCCAACAGCUCUGCACAGUUUCACCAGUGUGUCCUGCAGCCAUGGAUCUCGCUGUGGGCCAGCUGGGGCUGGCAGUAGGCCAUGUCCAGCAGCGUGGCUGUCGCUCUUCCCCCUGAGCGGCCUGGGGAAACUCAGGCACACGUGGCUGGAUGGGCACCAGGCGAGUAUGGCCGGGCCCCCUGCAGUGCGCUGCCGGUGGGGUGGGCAGCCAGGUCCCCCCCCACUAGCGCAGCUGGUAGCAGCAAGGGCCAGAGACAUGGCGUUGGAAGGUCAACGAGCAUCUGGGCUGCGCCAGGGGAUUAGCAAUGUCCUUGCUGCGUCACUGGGCCUGUUCCCUACCUAAUCCCUCACCCCAGUGACUGGCCAGCACUGGUGCACCUGGCACCCUCCAGCACUGCCCUGAUUCAGGGCACAGAGUUUCUGCUUUGACUCCACCAUGGUUCUUGGGGGGGCUCAGUCUCUCACCAGGGUGCCUGGCCUGGGUAGGCUCUGCUAUGAAAUGCGGGAGAAAGGAUCUCAUUAGUUGAUAUAAAUAUCUCAAAGGCAGGUGCCAGGAGGAUGGUGCCAAAUCUUUUUAGGGGUGGCCACUGACAGGACAUGAAGCAAUGGCCAUAAAUUGAAGCACAAGAAGUUUCACCUCAACCUAGGGAAGAACUUCUUUACAUUGUGCGUGGCAGAACACUGGAACAGGCUGCCCAGUGAUGUGGAGUCUCCCUCUCUGGAGACAUUCAAAACCUGCCUGGAUGCAUUCCUGUGUAACCUGGUCUAGGUGGCACUGCCUUAGCAGGCAGUUUGGACUGGAUGACCUCCAGGGGCCCCUUCCAACCUCAAUGAUUCUGUGAUUCUGUGCCCUUGCUACAGGCAGGGGUAGGAGCCAGCAGCAAAACUGAUGUCUUGGGGUUGGUGGCUUGCAGUGCCAUGUCAGAACAGUGGCUGUAGUGCAGGCAGAGCUCUGGGCACCAGGGCACAGCAGGCUGAAGUGCCCACUGGUGGCACUGAUGCAGCAGGUGUCCAAAACCCCCAAGUUUCUGUGUCCCAUGGGAUUCUGGGGCUGGCAGCAUGCCCCUUUGGGACUGCUUGGCCCAUGUGGCAAAUCUAGCCCACAUGCCAGAGUGACAGUGUCAGCAUGAGCAGGGUACUCGUGCAUGGCACUGUGCCCAACUGCUUUCCUUUCCCCGCAGGGUGCUGGCCCAGCAGGAUGGUGUUGGCGCUGGUGCUGUGGGCCUGCCUGGUGCUGGGCACAGCAGGCGGGGAGAGCCCGGCAGCGGAGCCUGUGGCAGGUGGUCAGCCUUUUGUGGUGGUGUGGAACGUCCCCACCAGUCGCUGCCAGCACCACUUUGGUGUGGAGCUGCCCCUUGGCAACUACGGCAUUGUGGAGAACCAGGAUGGCCACUUUGCUGGCCAAAACAUGACCAUCUUCUACAAGGACAAGUUUGGGCUGUACCCCUACCUGUCGCAGCAGGGCAUACCCCACAAUGGGGGCAUCCCCCAGCGGGUCCCCCUCAGCGCCCACCUUGCCAGGGUGGCGGGGGACAUCCAUGACCUCUUGCACCCCAAUUUCCAUGGCCUGGCCGUGGUGGACUGGGAGGAGUGGAGGCCCCUCUGGGCCCAAAACUGGGGGAACAAGCGGAUCUACCAGGCAGCCUCAGAGCAGUGGGUGCGGGACCAGCAUGGCCGCCUGCCACGGCAAUGGCAGCUGCGGCUGGCGCGGCGGCAGUUUGAGCAGGCAGCACAGGCUCUGAUGGAGGAGACGCUCCUGCUGGGCCGGACCCUGCGCCCGGGGGGACUCUGGGGUUUCUACCACUUCCCUGACUGCCUCAACAGCAACUGGGCCAAGGUGGCCAACUACACCGGGCAGUGCAGUGCAGCAGACGUGCAGCGCAAUGACCGGCUGCGCUGGCUCUGGGCCGCCUCAGCUGCUCUGUACCCCAGCAUCUACCUGCCCCCAGCACUGCCGCCUGCCUUGCGCCAGCGCUACGUGCACCACCGGCUGUGCGAGGCUCUGCGUGUGGCUGCCUUCAGCACCAGCGGCCUCCUGCCCGUGGUCGCCUACUCUCGCCUGUCCUUCCGCCACUCACCGCGGUUCCUGAAGCCAGUAAGCACCAAAGGGCUGGGGCCGGCGGCGGGUGUGCCAGGGGUCCUGCUCAGCACUAGGGGACAGCCUGUGCCCCCCAGCCCAGUCUCAUCCCUCUGUCCCUUGCAGGCUGACCUGGUGCACACCAUCGGGGAGAGCGCAGCGCUGGGGGUGGCUGGACUCGUGCUCUGGGGAGACAUGUCGUAUUCCCGCUCAGCUGAGAGCUGUGCCAGCCUGCGCCACUACAUCGUGUCCACCCUGGGUCCCUACGUGGCCAGUGUGACGGCAGCAGCCUGGGAAUGCAGCUACAGGCAGUGCCAUGGGCAUGGGCGCUGUGUGCGCCGGCAGCCCCAUGACCUGGGCAGCUUCCUGCUCCUUGGCCCUGGUGCCAGCCCACUGGCCUCCUUCCGCUGCCACUGCUACCGUGGAUGGGCUGGCAAGGGCUGUAACCGACGUGUCCAGCCCAGCCCUGCCACCUCCUGCCUGGCGCUCACUCAUGUUCAUGUCCUCUACAGGCACAAUGACCUCCCACCCUCCGACACCUGCCUGCUGCCCGGCACAUGAGGCUGGUGACAAGGCAGGCAGCAGUGCUGC